GCGACGAACCAUAGAGAGAGAGAGGGGACGAGGCACGCAACAAGGGAGCGAAGCGAGAGUACCACGAGAGGGGAAUCGGAGGAGGAAGGGACGCAAGGAUGAGGCGCGGCGGCGGGGGCGGGGGCGGAGGCAGGAUGAUGGACGAAGACGACAGGGUGGAGCACGCGGAGAUCCCGACCAGCUUCGGCCACGAGCUCCGCGCCUGCCUCCGCUGCCGCCUCGUCAAGACCUUCGACCAGUUCAGGGAGAACGGCUGCGAGAACUGCCCUUUCCUGGAGAUGGACAAGGAGGACAACGUCCCCAACUGCACCACCGCCAACUUCACUGGAAUAAUAUCACUGAUGGAUCCCAGUAGGAGUUGGGCUGCUCGUUGGUUGAGAAUUGCGAAGUUCAUCCCCGGGUGCUAUACACUGGCUGUCUCAGAGGAACUUCCAGAGGAGUAUCAAGGGAUUUGCCAAGACAACAACGUGCACUAUGUCCCUCCCAAGCGUUAGGAGGCUCGAGCAGGUCAAGGUGCUCACAGCGUCCUCAUCCUUAAGGCAGAACUUUCACAUGUAGUUACGCCUGUAAUACUGAUAUCAGGGGAACUGAUAGCACUGUUAUGCAUUCUUGAGCAAAUUGAUCGUCCACCAGACAAUUUUAAGCACCACUGUUAGCUUGCGGUCCUAAUGAGAUGUGUUUUUCUGAUUGCUGUCAAAA